AGGUUCAAUUUCUUUUUUCCUUUCCCUUCAGCGUUGGACAAAUUUGGGAUUGUUGAGUUCACUUCUGCCCAGGUUACCUGUGUAGCCUUUGAUUCAGCUGGAAUAAAAACUCCUGAAAGGAUACAGUUCAUGAGGAAGGGUAUUUUUGCCCAAUAUACAAACAUAUCUCAGGGGCACCCAACGACAAUUUUCGGAAAAUUAUCUGUUCGGAAGACGAUUUGAGAUCUAGAAUUUUCGGAUCAUUUUCUGUAAAAUUUCUUGCUUGCCUGCUUCUCCUAGGAUUUUCGAACAUCAAAAAAAUGGUAUAAUUGCCCAUUUUUAACGGAUUUUUACCCUAAAAAGGUCACCUAGAAUUUUCGGGAGCCUUUUUUCUGGCUGAAAUUUUCGGAAAGGUAGAUUUUCAUCCCUAUAAUUUUCGGAUCACUAUACUUUCAGCUAGGAAAUCCGAACAGAUGAAAUAUUUUUAGGGGAUAAAAAUAAGCCUUUAUCUACUGUUUAAAUACUAAAGUACGUCGCGCUAUCCGAGUGACCAGAGGAGGCUUGGAGCCGAGCGCGAUAGCGCGAGGCCUGGCAAAAAAUGGCAAAAAAAGUCCCAGAUCGACGAGAAAAAGUCCCAGAUAAUUUCUCGACGAAAAUCCUUUGUUUUCUGCGACGAUCACGGAAUAUUUCGGACUCAUGAGAUUAAUACAUCUCUUCCGAGCAUCUUUGGACCGUUUCAACUGAUAGCAACGAAAUGUGGCGGGCAUGUUUUCCCAAAAACACUGGUAAGUUAUAGGCCGAUACACACGAGGGGUUUUGCAUAUUGUUCACAGUCUUGUUCGCUACACGAAGCUAGAAAAACGUUUCUUCGUAGUUGGACAUGGGACGAUCACUGUACACUGUAUGUACACUAGUAUCAAAGGCUUCAUUUUCAUUGAACAAAAUGGGCUUUGAUUUCCUAGUUACAGGGCUAUAGUGGGCUUAUUGUGCCUUUGUUGUUCGAAUCGUUGGUAGGAAAAAAUCACGAGAAUCAUUUACACGGUUUCGCGCGAAAAGCCAAAAAAAAAAACACUACACGCUAUUUUCAGCUGUUUGAAUAUGCUUUUUGCUCUUUAUGAUAACCUAGUUCCUUGAACUUGUACCUUGCAGUUCCCAGUUCAUGCAAAACAUUCUAAUAGUCUAUUUUGAAAAUAGCACCAGUAACUCAUGUAAUAUUCGGGUGUCUUAGUUUUACCUGAUUUUUAAUGAUAUGACUUUCAUUCAGUCCUUUAUAUAACUGGGACUUAGAGCGAUUUUACUUGACCCAUGAAACAUUUAAUAACAACUAGUGCAAAAUAUAGGUACAAAUAAACAAAAGAAGACAAUAGAAUUAGUGCAUGAUAGUGCUUAGUAUUCUACUUCCUUUUUCAUGCGUUAAGUAAAAUAACUCUGAAGGAGGCUGCAAUUUUAGAGAUGGGAAAAUUUUGGAUAGUUGACACUUAAUCUUAAUUUACCUGCCUGACAGGCAUAAUUUCUGAGCAAGGUAUUGUACAUCAAAUGUUUAGUUUUUUAGUAUAUAUUGUCUUUUUUUUUACCUUCCUUUACAUUAAUUUUCAGAAAGUUUUAAAGGGGAUGAAAGGAGAGCAUGUAAUAGACGACACUGGGGAUGCGAAGGAUACAGGAGCAAAAGGAAAAUGCAAUUCAGCUGAAGAAAACUUGAAAUGAAAAUAAAAAUAUGAAACCGUGAUGUUUAAUAUUGAAUUUCUUAGAUUUCAUCAAACAAAACUUUAUUGAUUUUAUAAGAAAAUUAGAUUGAUUUCCUAACAAGCCAUAGUUCUGAACACUUGUGAAAUUUGUUAAGAGAAAUAAUUUUUUUAAACCUGAUAACAACUACUUCUUGUCUUGUAAAGCUUGUUGUGGGAAUGGGUUGGGGAAACAACUUCAAGACCAACUUAAGACCUUUUUUCACUUAAUUUGAUGCCAUAAUGGUACCAUUGGCUUGGCCAGCUACAUGCCGUGUUCAGCUGUUUGAAUAUGCUUUUUGCUCUUUAUAAUACCCUGGUGCCUUGAACUUGUAUCUUGCAGCUCCCAGUUUAUGCAGAACAUUCUAAUAUGUCUAUUUUGAAAAUAGCACCAAAAACUCAUGUAAUAUUCUUUUUAAACUUAUGACUCACUGGAAGACCACUGCUGCGAAAGUGGUUCAAGAUAAAAAAAGAAAACAGAAAAAAAAAGGAAAGCACUUAAUUUGAGUGUCAGUGUAUUCAGCACGAAAGUAAUAAUUGGGGACACUAUUUUUACGCCUACUACCGCCAUUUUACGUGGUCAUACAUCCAAGCCACGCAAAGGUCUAGCCAUUUGCAGCAGGGCAAAGGUAAUACCUUCAUUUCUCAGUCAUUUUACGAUCCUGAGUAUUGGUCCGACCCCAGGAAUUGAACUUCUGACCUCCCACUCUGCAGUCAAGCACUCUACCAACUGAGCUAAUCCUACCACCGUUGAGAUUAAGUUUACAUAAGAUAGUAGUACAGUGGAACAUAGAUAUGGGGUCGUGCAACAUCAACAACAAUAGAAUCAGACAUUGAUAGAAUCAGAAAGAAAGCUUGGCUGAAAGUUUUCAACAGUCCCCAAAGGAUCAUCUCAUUUAAAUGGUGGGUAGAUACACUGGUUGAAGAUAACUUGGAUAGAGAAUUAAAUUUUAUUCAUGCUAAAUGCUAUAAAAGCAUGGACACAAAGUGUUUUACAUCUGAUGCCGUUUCAGGAUAUUUGAGCGUUCCUGAUGUCACUCAGUAUGUUGUAAACUGCCCCUAUAGCUUGUAUCUGACACAUUGAGGCAUAUUCAAAAGGCUGACAGCACUUUAUGACUUCUGUUUUUUAUGUUUAAUGGGCAAAAGCAGCGUCCAUGAGUUGAUCCACUAUCGUUUAGGACGACACCUAGGCUAGAAGUCUCUCUUGAAUUGCAAUGCGCGCAGUGCUGCGAUUCGAUUAACAAGUUUUUCAUCCGCUAGAUAAUAUGCUGAGUACAGAGCUAAUUCGAUGACACAUCUUUCACGAACUUCAACAUGGUUUAACUCAUUCCCGACAGGCAAUGAAACACACUCCUGAGAUGGGACGAUUUGCUGGGCUGAAUUAUAUCCAUAUUUUUUGAUACAAUCAAAACUCGAAAUUACUGACCUACGAUAAUAACAGGUGUACACGCGGAACGAUUCCUUGAAAGAAAUUUCUCCAACAUCUCUAUGUAUUUGAUGGCAAACGUUGAUUAAAGAAUCCCAACCUAUUUCCGACGCUUUUUUUCAUUUCUUCAAGAAUCUUGGCUUAAGUCGCAUUCUUGGCUUUGACGCAGCCAUUUUGGAUUUGCCAUUAUUUGCCAGGCGUCCUAGGCGAAUUUUCCCGACAAGCUUGACAGGUGACGUCACAUCCGAAAUCGCCGAGGACGACUGGGAACGAGGCUGUAUGUUUAUGUGGUUUUGAACUAUAUUCUCGUUGGGUGCCCCUGAUAUCUGCUAAUGACAACAUAUAUUUCACAAACCGAACCGAGGAAGUGGACAAGGGUAAGCCGAUGUCUUAUAAAAAUAAAACAUAUUAGUGACUCUAAGUAUUGGAACUGAUUAUCCCAUUUUAUAUUUGAUAUUACACCGCUAUUACACAAUGAGACAGCGCGCUUUACAUUAGUGAUCUGAAUUAGCCUUUGUUCCAGGCUUGGAGGCUUGGAGCAACUCGGAAAUGGCGUAUUGCUUCAUUACAUUGUUUAAAGGAAUCUGUCAAGUUUCUUGUAUACCUUACUACAUAAGACAAUGGUUGUCUUUACACUAGGCUGUUAAGUAAGACUUAAGAGCUGCUAAGUUUUAUACGUGUGAAGGCCUAAGUAAAAUCUCAAGUAACUUUACUUUGCAUCUCAUUAAAGUCGGAAAGUUGAAACGAUUCAAGAAUGUUCAAGUGACUUGAAAACCGUCCUUAAAACCGACUUAGCGAACUUGCGGUUUCUAAGCUUUGAGAAAGGCGAAGCGUGUCAAUCAAUCUUAAUUAUGUUGCGUGGGAAAAUAGGCUUAAGUAAACCUGAAGUAAAAAAGAUAGGUUGUGUGUGAAGCUUUCUUUUACUUGAAGAAUUUAAAAUUUACUUGUCUCGAAAUAUUUCUUAGCUUAUUUAGGCUCUAGUGUAAAGACUACCAAUGGUUGCGGUCACAUCUACGACGUAACCAAAGUUUAACUUAAGUUAGUGACAAGUUACGUGAUGUCAUACCUAACUGUAGUUGGUGCUUUCGGUCGACAUUGAGGUCACACCACGCAGUUAACGACAGUUAGUUCUAAUUAGCGGAUGUAAAUUUUUUGUUUGUUGUUUUUGGUUUCCCCCUCGCUUCACGCUUGGUUAUUAUUUUGCAUAUUUAUAUAUGCUCAUCUCGCACGUGCGAAAAGAAGUGUCACAUUCUGAUUGGUUGUUUGUUUCUAAACUUGAGACUAACCCACGAACCCUACUUGGGUAUAACUGUAUUUAAGGGCCUGUUUACAUGGAGGUGGGGGACUCCAGGCAGGUGAGGUAACCCGCUUAGGUGGGGUAACCCGCCUGUCCAUAUGAUCUCUCAUUUUAAUUUGAUCACGUCUACAUAAUAGGGACCUUUAGCAUUUGCCUAGUCCCUAGGCCUCAUUAUUAUGUGCAGCCGAUGCGUUUCGGGUCACGUGGUCCGAGAACGUUUUUGAGGCCUAGACAAAUUAAACUCGGAGAAGUGAGACAUUUUGGGCGCUUUCCAUUUACGAAAAAAACCCGGAAAUUUCGGUGGUAGCAAAAGUGGAAUUUCCGAUUGGUAAAAAGUUGUUCCAUUUGGUCGUAAACCCCGGUACGUGGCCGGGUACCCGACCGUGGACCUGGAACUGGUACAAACUACGAGAAACGUAAAUGGAACACGACAUUCCGUUCGGAAAUUCCAACCGGGAAAACGGGACCACCUUUUUAGAUUUUCCACUUUUUCUGGGAAUUUUCCAGUGGGACGAACCGACGAAACGUGUUCCAUUUACCGGCGAACCGGAAAUUCCGGAAAUUUUGACUAAAUGGAAAGCGCCCUUUGUCUCACUUGAGGCGGAACUUUUGGAAGCGGGCGAGCUGUCAAUAACUUUUCCGCGCUGAUGAAAGAUGUCCAGCAGCCAUGGAGAGUACAGAGGAUAAAGAGUUAAACCGAGGAUUUUUAUUCCAUGCACGUUUUCAUUGUUGAAAGUCCUUUGGCCUUUGUUUUCCAUUUAUCUCAUUAAACUAAUUUGAACUUUAUUUCAUCUCAAAAACUAUUGUAGGCUAGGCAAAACAGCGUCGCAAAAAAAUUAUUUGAUCAAGAAUCGGAAGGUAAGCUAAAGAAAUAAGUUUAUAUUUAUUCUUGGAUAUAUAUUCUUUCGUUUCUCUAUUAUAUUUUCGCUUGCUCCUAUAAAUUUCUCGUUAUCAUUUCACUUCGAAAUAUUUUAUGUAAUUUAAUUUUUGGAUUUGGAAGCUUAUCAGACUAAUCGGACAGGCUGUUGAAUUUGGUCUCUAAAUUUGGUAGAAUGUCAACAAACUACUGUUUCAAAUCUUUUUAUCAGUAAGGAAAUAUCAUUUUAAUAGUUCAUUUGAAAAUAAACUAAAAGAGAAAUUACUUGCACGUUAUACAGACUAUUCUUUCCGAUUCAAAGUAAUAUUUUUGUUCUUUGAUAACAGAAACCAGGUUAAGGCCGAUCUUUAAGCGAAGGAUAUUCACGCGCAAAGUUAUUUAUAGAUUAUUUCAGUUGAACGUGGGAACGUUUCAAAAAUGCUCACGCAUGCGCACUCCGAGAUUGUCUAGGCGUCUCCCGGCCGUUCGUCUCGGAUACGUCACCGAAAUGCAUUGACCGAGAAAGGCCUGGAAAGACGCCGUAUAGGGACCAGGCAACUUUAGCAUCACGUUUUUCACGGGAAACUGCAAACCGCAAACCGCAAAAUUUCAUGUGACCACGGCCUUGCGGUCACGUUUGCAGUUUGCAGUUCACCUUUGAACCGCAGGAAGGGCUUCCAGCGGUAAGUGAUUUACGGCAAAGUUUUUUGCCACAAAAAAUAGUACAGCCUCGCGUCUAAAGGUAUAAACUAGCUUUUUAUAUCGGUUUGCGAUGUGUUUGUUGGAUUUUUGAUCUCGAAUCAAAGAAUUAUUGGUGAGUUUUGGGCGAUUAAAGUGAUGCACUUCGACUUGAUGAAAACAACAUGGCGGCCCUAAACAAUAUAUGAACGCGUACUUCAUAUCAAUUUUAUAUUCCUUUCUGCCGUACUAACAAAGGAAAGUAUUCUGUUUCAAUCCAGAGUUAAAAUUUUUUUCUAUCUUGUUACUGAAUUCAUAACUUAACUCAGUCUCUCUUUAGUUCCUAUUUUUUAACGUAUCACUCCGCGAAUUUCAUUUUAUUUUGCUUAUUUCUUUGAGACUGCGGAGCCCAGGCUUCAUAAAGCCUUCUGGUUUCUUCUGGGCUCCCUUGCAACCUUACAAUUCCUAUAUGUAUUCUUCUGUUGUAUUAUAUUUUGGCUAAAUAAAAAUGAACUGAACUGAACUGAACGCCUUGCUAAAGUUUGAAAUCUCGGCAACGUGAAACUGCAAACGCGUAACUGCGGUUUGUGGAUUGUGGUUUGCGGUUUACCUGAUGUUAAAGGUCUCUAAUAGGUGGGGUGACCCGCCAAGGUGGGUAGCCCGGUCUGCCAGACCGGGUAACCCUCUCAGCCGGGGUCACAUUUUGCCAUGUAAACGUUCAAGGUGGGGUAACCCGCCUGCCGGGGUCGGAUUCGUGAUACAUCAAAUUCGCGCAAAAUUCACUUUGGUGGUGGCUUUGCAUCAUUAUUAAAGGAAACAAUAGAAAGCCACAGCACUGAAUGUUGCAGCAAGAGCAGCAAGUGAGUGUUGAAGAGCAUUAAUCGCCAAAACACGUGGUUUGCCAGCAUAUUUCUUGUUUAGGUGCUUAGCGACCAUUGAAUAAUCUUGAGAAAGUGCACCCCGGGAUGGCGGGUUGUAAGAUUGCAUGUAAAGGAGGGUUAUUGUUUUACCCCACCUAAGGGGGUUACUUCACCUACCUGGGGUCCCCCACCUCCAUGUAAACAGGCCCCAAGUCUGUAUUGUUUUGGAUCAGCAGAGGCGUAAAUUUUUCUAACUAUAGUUAGAGCGAACAGAGAAGAGGUCACAUUACCGAAAUAGCUAUCUAUAGUUAUCCCCGCAGCCAAUGACAAAUAUGCAAGGAAGCUAUUCGACGGUGUGAAAAUUAAUUACCUACUAACAUUCCUAACACUUCUACAGGUGGAAAGAAAUUAAAGAAGCUCAUUGUCACGAUGCACAUACGGAAUGUAACGCUACAACACGACAGUACGUAUGGUCAAUUGGGAAGGCACGAAUGUCACGCUUUUGCGGUUGGAUCACCCUUGGAGCGCAAGCAUGGUUUCAGUGUGAACGUCAUUUUGAGUAAGUUUAGUCUCAAAUUUAUGAAAACACGUGUAACGCAAAACCUCGCGAAACAGAGGAAAUAAAGUGGAAAAAAGGCCACGAUAAAUCAAACAUGAAAAAAACAAAACUGCUCAGCUGUGAAUCCGUGUCGAACACUGCGCCAAUUCAGCAGACACAAAAUGAAAGCAAAAAUAUUAUAAGAGGUUAUUGAAAGCAUUUUUCCGUAGAUAUAUUUUAAGGAAAAUAAGCAGGUUUUUCAUGGUAAAAAGCCCAUUAGCGCAUUUCAUAGCAUUUUACUUACUUACUUAUUUUUUUCUUUUAGGAAACGAAAUUCCUUCUGUGUCUAUGACUGAAGUCAACAUGCUUCAACACGGUGACAGUAUCACCAUCUUUUGCAACAUUACUUUUGCCCAGGACUAUCGGACUGGGCUGAAAAGGAUUUCAUGGUUUAAAAAUGGUGUUGUACAGCAAAGUGUGAGAAACCCGGACCCAGACAACCCUGCAGACUCACUGGCACCACUAGUUAUAAAAAAUGCCGCGGCCAGAGAUGGAGGAAAUUACAGUUGUGAGCUUGAGCUUGAGCUUCGUAAUGUUAAACGAUACAAAGUAUCAGACAGUACUAUGAUC